AUGAAGAGUACGUAAGACACCCCGAACUCACACCUUCAUUGUUACGAUUCUUUUAGUUUUUCCAAAUAUAUACUGAUGAUCCGCUAGAGAAAAUCCCCAAGCUUACCAAAAAGCAACAGUCGGCUUCCAAAACAGAAUCAACCACGACGCAGCCGGUGACUGCUGAAGACAUCUUGGAGCAAGGGUCGCUAGAUGAAGAAAGUGGAGAUAGAUGGCUUGGCUCCGACGUAUCCAAAGCAUUGCGCUUUUACCAAAAGGCCUAUUUAUCGUAUCAACAAUGCAUCAGAUUGAGCUCGACGAGCAAUCCCGAUGCAUACUACAAUCUAUGUCGGUUGACAUUGGAGGUGUAUUUGCUAUUCAAGAACAAUGACGGGUUAGACGUGGAGACGUUGGAGAAUGUCGACGAGGUUAUCUUUGCUCAAGAUUCCGUAGUUCAAGAACUAUCGCAGAUUUACGACUUGCAUUUUAAAUGCUUAGAGAUAUUGCAACCAUUGGGUGACUUGCUGUCGGAUUUGGUUUUCAAUACCAUUGCCGUUUGCGUUGAGGCAUUGGAGUCUGACCAGUCCAAAAAUGGCGGUGCGAGUUAUGAAGAAAUUUGCGCUGUGUUCAGCAAAGCUUGGGUGCUUUUGGAAAUGUUGGUGCAAAGACAGGUGCUGGAGUUGGAGAAUUUCGUUGAGGAAUUGGCAAAAAUCACAGACACCCGGCCGCAAGGCUCCGACACCGACACCAACAACAGCGCGCCCCAGCUGGGGCAAAAGGAAGAAGAGUAUGAAAGUGAAGAAACUACCCAGCCGGUGGACUUGUACGAGACCAUUGUGCUUGGACACCGGUUGGUUCAAGCUCUAUAUGAGAGUUCAGACAGGGACCAAGUUGAAAACUCGCGAAAUCUACUGAGCCUGUGUCUUGAAUUGAUGAACGGCGUAACGCGCGUGCUAACUCAAUCGUUCAGCGCACAGGCAACCGACAAGAACAGUAUGCUUGAGAAUAUCAGUGAAGAACAGUUGUCUAGUUUGGCAAUCUCCCACACGAGCCUCGCGGUGUUGAGUCAAAAUGACGUCCUGAGAGCGGUUGAAAUGUGGCAGCUGUCGCCCAUCGCCAAUACUGCCGAAAAAUACAUGGUCGCGUCGGAUAACGUCCAGACACUAUUAGAGCGAAACGAGGUGGGAUUGGAUAAAUUAAUAAUCUUGGGACCCCAGGAACCCCAGGACGCUGGCAAGCAGUUGUUUUGGCAGGCGUUGAAGUUCCAAAAUGCAACCCUCCAAUCAGCUGAGGCUCAACUUUCUGAAACUUUAGCUGCGAAACGAAAAGCACCACUGGGGGUCGAGUUAGGUAUUGGGUCAAUAAUAGUCCAAAUUGCCGGUUUGAAAAUAGCUCGAGCCGAUAUCAAUUUUCAAAUGAGCCGCAUACCUGAUUUCCCUAACUCGGCAUCUCACGCGUCUCAAUUGGUGCAAAAUGUCAAGAUUUUGCUUAAAGCAGCUGCCAACUUGGCCAAUACCAGUGGCGGUUUGCGUGAGAGACAAACGGAAAAGAUUAAUCGAGACACGAAAUUGAGCGAAGCCAUAUUCAGAUUGUGUUUGAUUGAAGGAAAGAGCAGCAUAGACGAGUUGGACCAGAUAAUGACGCGGCCCCGAUGGAUCAAGCAGGUGCCAGAGAUCAGGAACUUGGGCUACUAUGAUUCACUCAUUGCCCAUUUGCCAGCGGAGUGA